AUGGCUACUCAAAUAAACAAAUUCUCCACAACUUCGAAACGAAAAAGCAGCCUUUUUGAUCUACAACAAUUAGUGAAAGACAAAGGUGAAAGUUCAAUUAGUUUAUCAGAAGAACCAAAUCUGCAAAAGAAAGGUAUAAAAAUUCAGUUUGAAAACACUUACGUAUUGCACCCUGAUAAAAGUUUAAAUGUCUUGCGAAUUCGUUCUAUCCUCAAAAGUUCUCUUGAAGACACAUUUAAAUCACAAAUUUACAAUCAUCAUGAAAUGAUUAAUCUUUCAAAAAAAGCUAGCCAGCUUAUAAGAGAUGAAGUGAAGAAACUCGAGUAUCACCGUUACAAAGUAGUAUGUGUUGUAAACGUAAUUCAAAAUAAUGGACAAACAUUUAAAGCAGCAAGUCGAUUUUUAUGGGAUGAUAAAAAAGAUAAUUGGAUUGACGCCUACUAUCAAACUCCAUCUUUUGUUGCUCAAGCUGUUGUUUAUGCUCUUUAUUGUGAAUGAUAUUUAAUGAAUACAACA